AUGAAUGACUGGUCGAUCGAUUCGAUUCGAUUCGAUCGAAUCAUCGACGUGACGAGAAGACGACGGCGGCGGGCGGCGCCGGCGAAGGAUUUUUAUGACUUGACUCGGUCGUCGCCGACUGGAGACGAGCGACGACUGGAGGGGACGGAGGAGGACGUAGAAGAUAACUAACUAGUAGCCCUCGACGGCGCUGACGCGGCGUCGGGAACGGACGAACACCUUAGGCGACACGAUUUGAUGAUGAUUUGAACACGACUGUUCAACCG